UCCUCAUUUGAGAGCAGAGCCAUGCUUCCUCUGGAGGUCGGGAAGCAGAAGCCGCGCCGCGUGUCGGAACCGAUGUGCGGGGCAGACAGUCCUCCGGUCCCGACUCGACGCUUAAAGAACCGGGACUUCCCCCUGAGCGUGAAGCGCCGGCGGUCCGGCUCCGCACCUGAGCGCAAGUUGAACUGCGUCCUGGUUGGAGACGGAGCGGUGGGCAAGACCAGCCUCAUCGUCAGCUACACCACUAACGGAUACCCGGCAGAAUAUGUUCCCACCGCGUUUGACAACUUCACCGUGAUGGUUGUGGUGGACGGAAUACCAGUGAGACUGCAGCUCUGCGACACGGCUGGACAGGAGGAGCUAGAGCGCCUCCGGCCUCUGUGCUACAAGAACGCCGACGUCUUCCUCCUCUGCUACAGCGUCGUCCGCCCCUGCUCUUUCCGCAACCUGAUCCACCGGUGGGUUCCUGAGAUCCGUCGGCACUGUCCCGGCGCGCCCCUGGUCCUCGUUGGCACCCAGCUGGACCUGAGGGAGGACGUCCAGGUGCUGAUUCACCUGGCGCAGAACCAGCAGCGGCCGGUGGGCACCGAGGAGGGCCGGCAGCUCGCCCAGGAGCUCGGGGUGGUGGGCUUUGCCGAGUGCUCAGCGCUGACCCAGAAGAACCUGAAGGACGCUUUUGAUUCAGCCAUCUUGGCCAGCAUCCAGCAGACGGACAGCUGCAGCGUCCAGCAGCAGAGGCUGACUCUGAGGAAGAAGACGCCCGAUAAGAUCAAGAGCCUCUCGGAGACCUGGUGGAGGAAGAUCAACUGUCUGAUGGGAGAGCAGAGCUGUGACUUCAAGUGAGCAGUGACCAACCUGGGUCCGAUCGUUGUUUUUUCCUUAUCUUGGUAGAUUUGGCUUGUUUCAGUGUGCCAGAUGGGUUUUUGGAUUAUUACCUCUGAGGACAACACAACAGAAAUGCAGGUUUGUGACUCACAAGGUGCAUGUUCAAAGUGUGGGUGGAGAACUCCACUGAGUUCACUAACCUGAGGGCGGACAAAUAGUAGCACGUUUUAAGGACAUUCCGUGUGUCAUGAUGACACAUUUUACAGGCAACAAAACCACUUAGUUAGGUUUAGGGGAAACAUCAUAGUAGGGCUUAAAGUACGUACGUAAACUAAGUAAAAUGUAAAUAAUGUAGCAGAAGUUUGGAAAACAAGUCAUAUUGGAAGACGAACGCUGGUCUCCUGGUUGAAAGUUCUGUUUGUUUGACCCACCCACCAGUCACCCAAAAAGUCUUUCUCCAUAGAAAUACAAUAAAACAGACAUUUAAUUGUUUUCCGUGGUCAUUUAAAAUAUAGAACGAAAGAAAAUGGCGAUUGUUGUUAGUUCUGGUGACGACACACGUCAAUGGGGCCGUAAAGUGUCGUCGCAGCUUGGAGCGGCGGACGCAGCUCCGGAGACUUAUCGUUGGCUAGUUAGCUUGUUAGCUUGUUAACUUGUUAACUUGUCUUCUCUGGAGCGGUGGGGAGUGAGGUGGAGGGGCCGCUGGCCACCAGCCCGCUGUACGGCUCAAAUCUGUAACCAGUAUAGCAUUAAAGCAUGUCGGAGUUAGCUGCCCGCUAGUUAGGUAGCUAGCUAGCUUGUUAAUCCCACCGUUCUCCACUGGUUACAGAAAAUAAGCCGAAAAAAGUUGUCACUCAACUGUAGAUGGCAAUGUGCUUGCCUACGCUGUGAAAUUUGACUCAUUUACUCGUAACGUUACUGCUCCACUGCUUGUUUUAGCCGUUACUGUAAAACGUCACCUCAGUGAGCGACUUGCAACAAGUCUGCUUAGCUUAUACGGGAGUUAGCCCGCUGCAACGGUUGAAAUGGUAACAGUACGCACCAAAAUGUCCGCCGCUCUGACCAUCCUGCUACGUUGAUUUGAAUGGGAUUGUCCCUUCUCCUCCUGUUCAAUUUCUAUGUCUUUUUUCACUUCUCACACUAUGUCGCCUGCUGUGUGCGACAUAUUCACACACACGUGUUUGAAAGAAAGGUCGUUGUUAUUGCGUGUUGUGUCAUUCAUACGCCGUUCGAUGAGACCAGGCUGGAUUUUACACAUGAAUAUCAGUUUACUUGUAUCAAGGAGAACUGCCCAGUCCACUCACCUGCAGAGGGUAGGGUCUGAAAGCAGUGGGCAUUUACCAGGCAGGGAGGUUCUAACCAGAGUUGCAUUUUGGGAAGUGUAGUAGCCAGAGAGUUUUGGGCCUGACGCAUACUAAAAAGUCAGGAUAUCUCGACCUCUGCUGCUUCGGUAUGUACUAUUCUUUCUUGUAUCUGUCUCUCACAAGUCCCCUUGUCCCCUCUUGAAAUAUGUAAUUUCUGGAGUAAACCUUCAACAAUGCUCUGAACCAUCUUCUGUUUAAUACUGUGGCUGUUCUGGUCUGCGGGUUCAGAUGAGUCCAGUACAAAGAAGAGGUUAACUGAUUCAUUUGAGCCUUCUGUCAUCAGCCAAUCAUGGAUGCUAUUUAUAAAAUGCUUUACACGUACACCGCUGAUCGCUUGAAUUAGCUGCUGUUUGUACUUUUUGCUUCCUCUUCUCCCUAUUUUUUUUAAAAACCUCUG